GUGCAUCUAUCCAACCGGGAGGUCGAAAAAUCAACGCAUAAAAGGUAUAAAAGGAGGCGACUUUGGAAAAGCAAACCGCACCUCGGGCCUCGACUUUGAGCUCAUUCGUCCCUCAGCUAUACUAUCAUACUCCAUACACCUCACAAGCACAGUGCUUUGCAUCAUGAAAUUUUCAUCCGUCCUCUUCUCCAUCUCCGUCUUUGUCCUUUCCUCUUUGGCGCAAACGACAGAAACCCUUUCAUAUGACACCACUUAUGAUAAUGCCUCCCUCUCUCUUUCCAGUGUCGCUUGUUCAGACGGCACCAACGGGCUUGAGACAAAGGGAUACACGACCCUCGGAUCACUUCCCACAUUCCCUAACGUCGGCGGCGUCUACACCGUGACAGGCUAUAAUUCUGCUGCAUGCGGAACCUGCUAUAAUGUCACAUAUGGAACUACAAGCCAGACGGCGAUGAACACCUUGACUGGUAAUUUGGCCGUUGAGCUGGGAAGAGUGGAUGUUACGUCAACCCAGGUGGAUGUGUCAGUAUGUGGCUUGUAGUUGCAUUGUGCCGGAAGUUCCCUCUGCAUCUGAGUGCCUGAUAGAUAAUGUUGGGACUUGGGACUUACAGUUUCGAUGGACUUGAAUCGCAUAUCAAAAGUAGAUGAACUUCUAAACGAACGACAGACUUUUACUUGGUGAAAUGACUUCUAUAUGUAGACUAUAGCUACGGUUGUUUUGGACUUAUCGAUUUACAAUUGUACAUACCUCCAUCGUCCAUGAAUAGUUUACAUAGUGCCGUGGACUUGACAGUGUUACGGACUAACUGCAAGUAGAUGUAGAUAUCGCAGUAUAUUCCAGAGAGCAUUACAUGAAGCCCCA